AUGUCCAUGCAACAAGUCCAACAUUGUGUCGCAGAAGUACUUCGACUAGAUCCACAAGAAAAACCGGACUGGUCGAGCGGAUAUUUGAAGAAGUUGACUAAUGCGACAUCGAUUUUAUAUAAUACUUCACUGAACAAGGUAAUGCUGAAACAAGAUGAAGAGGUUGCUAGAUGUCACAUAUGUGCAUACAUAGCGUCACAGAAAAUGAAUGAAAAACACAUGCCUGACCUUUGCUAUUAUAUAGACAGUAUUCCCUUGGAGCCGAAAAAAGCCAAGCAUUUAAUGAACCUUUUCAGACAAAGUUUAUCUAAUUCUUCACCUAUGAAACAAUUUGCUUGGACACCGAGCCCCAAAAAGAACAAACGCAGUCCAGUAAAGAACGGUGGGAGGUUUACUUCUUCUGAUCCGAAAGAGUUGAGGAAUCAACUGUUUGGUACACCAACUAAAGUUAGGAAAAGCCAAAAUAAUGAUUCGUUCGUAAUACCAGAACUACCCCCCAUGCAAACCAAUGAAUCGCCGUCUAUUACUAGGAGAAAGUUAGCAUUUGAAGAGGAUGAGGAUGAGGAUGAAGAGGAACCAGGAAACGACGGUUUGUCUUUAAAAAGCCAUAGUAAUAAGAGCAUUACUGGAACCAGAAAUGUAGAUUCUGAUGAGUAUGAAAACCAUGAAAGUGACCCUACAAGUGAGGAAGAGCCAUUAGGUGUGCAAGAAAGCAGAAGCGGGAGAACGAAACAAAAUAAGGCAGUUGGAAAACCGCAAUCAGAAUUGAAGACGGCAAAAGCCCUGAGGAAAAGGGGCAGAAUACCAAAUUCUUUGUUAGUAAAGAAGUAUUGCAAAAUGACUACUGAAGAAAUAAUACGGCUUUGCAACGAUUUUGAAUUACCAAGAGAAGUAGCAUAUAAAAUUGUGGAUGAGUACAACAUAAACGCGUCAAGAUUGGUUUGCCCAUGGCAAUUAGUGUGUGGGUUAGUAUUAAAUUGUACAUUCAUUGUAUUUAAUGAAAGAAGACGCAAGGAUCCAAGAAUUGACCAUUUUAUAGUCAGUAAGAUGUGCAGCUUGAUGUUGACGUCAAAAGUGGAUGAUGUUAUUGAAUGUGUAAAAUUAGUGAAGGAAUUAAUUAUCGGUGAAAAAUGGUUCAGAGAUUUGCAAAUUAGGUAUGAUGAUUUUGAUGGCAUCAGAUACGAUGAAAUUAUAUUUAGGAAACUGGGAUCGAUGUUACAAACCACCAAUAUUUUGGUCACAGACGACCAGUACAAUAUUUGGAAGAAAAGAAUUGAAAUGGAUUUGGCAUUAACAGAACCUUUAUAA